AAUUUGUUCUUUGAAGCUUCUAAUUGUUUAAACUGCUGACGAAGUAUUUACAAAGUAUUUAUAACAUAUCGUGCGCAUUUGAUGUUGCAAUUGAGAGCAAUAAGAGUCUCUCUUCGUUGUGAUUUGGCAUGGCAGAAAACAAGAAGUUGGAUGAUGACGUCACCGUUGUCGUAGAUAAACCAGAUGAUGUAAAACUGAAGCGAUCUAUUGGUAUUGUAACCAGUAUCACCAUCUUAGUAGGGUCAAUGAUUGGCUCAGGAAUAUUUGUCAGUCCUACUGGUAUUCUGAGGAACGUUAGAAGCAUAGGAGCUACUCUUAUUAUAUGGGUUGCAUGUGGGAUCUUCAGUAUGCUCGGGGCGUACUGUUAUGCAGAACUUGGCACGAUAAUAGAGCGAUCCGGAGGGGAUUAUAUUUAUGUAUAUGAAGCAUUUGGACCAUUUAUUGGAUUUUUGCGUUUGUGGAUGGAAGUCAUGGUUGUAAGACCUGUAACUGUCGCUAUCGUGGCUUUAGCAUUUGGGGAGUAUGUUGUUGUACCUUUGUAUCCAAACUGUCCGCUUCCCAUUAUGUUGGUCAGGAUUUUGGCGGUUUUAUGUAUUACAUUUUUAAGCUUCGCCAAUUCCUUUUUAAUCAAAUUUUCAACCAGAAUACAAGAUAUAUUUACAUUUGCGAAACUUGCCGCUCUUACAAUGAUCAUUGUAACCGGAUUUGUACAGAUCGGAUUUGGUCGUUAUGAAGGGCUGAAAGAACCUUUCGUCGAUUCAAACUGGAGUCCUGGUAAAAUAGCUAAUGCAUUUUACAGUGGUUUAUUUGCUUAUGGUGGCUGGAAUAACUUAAAUUGUAUGGUUGAAGAAAUGAGGAACCCCAGGAAACAUUUGCCCAUAGCAAUUGUGGUAUCGUGCUUGCUAGUGACCCUACUUUACACAGCUGCUAAUGUGGCUUAUGUGACAGUCGUACCAGUUGCAGAGAUGUUGACCACAAGAGCUGUGGCUGUGACAUUUGCUAAUAGAAUAUACGGAAUGUUUUGGUGGAUAAUGCCAAUAUUUGUUGCUUGUUCAACGUUUGGGAGUGCUAAUGGAACUAUAUUAACUACAUCGAGAGUAUUUGUUGCUGCUAGUCAGCGUAAGCAAAUGCCAGCGUUUAUCAGUUACUUGCACACGGAUCGAUUAACACCUCUUCCGGCUGUUCUGUUCACUUGUAUCAUAUCAAUAAUUUACUUGCUUGCUGGAGAUAUUUUCACACUUAUGAAUUAUAUGGGUUUUGUUCAAUGGUUGGCAAUCGGUCUUUGUGUUCUGAUUGUAGUAAUUUUCAGUUUUACUCGUCCUAAUAUUCAACGUCCGGUUAAGGCUCCUAUAAUAUUCGCCAUUAUCUACUUAGUAGUUACUGCAUCUCUGUUAAUUUUCUCUUUUUAUGGAUCACCUCAAGAAUCAUUAUAUGGUAUUUUGAUCAUUUUAACCGGUAUACCGGUUUACAUAUUCGGUUGUGCGUGGAGUCCUAAACCGAAAUCAUUUCAGGAAAAAAUGAUAAACAUCACGAUUGGAUUACAAAAACUUUUCCGUAUUGUACCAUCCAGUUGAAGAUGAAAGGUAAAGCAUAGAAUUAUUGUGUAUUGUUAACAUUGUUAAACAGUCAUUUUGUUGUGCUACCCGAACACUCACUUAUUGUAUAAAUUCACCGUAUGCAAAAAGACAAUGUAGCCUAUUGAUUAGUUUUCUGUUUUUUUAACGCCUUUUUUGUGAAAUGCUACAUUCACUUCAUUUAAAAACAAUGAAGCGAUCAACGUUGAUAACCGAUGUCCGGUUGCUCUUCUUCCUGGACUGCAAUAGUUUUGUACAUUUUGUCUACUUGUGAUUGAAAUUUCUUUUUGAUCAUUCUGUUCUUGUUUUGUUUUUUCAUUUGAAUUUUUAUAUUUUCAAAAUUAUUUUCCUAAAAGUUUCUUGUGACUUGACUGGUGGUUACGUAAUGGGAAAUUUUGGGCAUUGCUAAUUGAAGACACAACUUACUUAUUUAGUUACGCCUGUUACUCCCAAUGGAGCAUAGACUGCCGACCAAUAUACUACACAAAGUGUAUAUGAUUUGAUUCUGUGUCUCUCUCUCUCCUUCUUAUUUCUCAUGAGAUUUAGAUAAACAAAAUAUAUGUAAAUUGUAUGCUAACAACUGUUUUUCUUUAUUCAAUCUAUGGUUAUAUAUUGUCUAAGACGUCGAUGACCAAGUCGUUUGGAAAGUUCCAACAUUGAAUGAAAAGUUUCUAACGUUUACUUCUUAAAGAUGUUACUUCUGCUGAGCUACACUGUUUGAUUACAUGCUGCUGUCAUCUAGACAACAUAAUCACUGCAACCAUACAACCUAUCACAUAGAACAUCAUACUACCCAAGGGAUCUACUCUAUCGUUAACGCUUUCCAUGCUAAAUUAGUCCUAAUAAAACUUACUGACUUUUGUCAAAACCUUUGCAAUAUUUAAUUGCUUGACAAAAGCAUCACUCAUACUGAUUCACAAUAAGAAUUUAAUUAAAGACUUUCCCCGCUCACGUAAGUUAUUGUUGUUUUCAGAAUGAUUGAGUGAAAGGAAGAGAUGAGACUGACAAAAAUCAACAAGAAGUUUUAAGCACAGGAAUCAUAUUUAGUGACGCAUAGAAUACGUUUGAAGCCCUUAUAGAGUUCUGUACUUUAUCAGGAUUAUAAGCUGAAUUCAUUUCAUUUAAAUAGUUAUAUGCAUG